AUGUACAGAAAAGAGAAACAAAGAGUUAUUCAAUUAUUUGAAUUACCAGUCAAGCAGGACACCAUCCAACUAAUGAUUCCUCCCAAGUCAGGAAUAUUUCCUACCCCAGACCCAAAAGCAAUAAUUCCUUGCUAUGAUUUGACUGUGAACAGAUCUCUGAGGAAGAAGACCUUGAGGGUGAAGGUCCUCUAUUCCUCAAAAACUGGUCGAAAUAGGUAUGAAUCUCUUGAAAAUCACUUAAAGAACAAACUUGAGUAUAUUAAAUAAACCACCCACACACUUCUAAUAUAAUUUCAUCAUAAUAUUC